AUGCACUCCCUCGGAAAGAGCUUUCAGCGGUCAAAGCAGGCGGCGCAGCGCAACAACCGCGCUAAAUACCGCGGGCUGCUGGAGGCCGAGCGUGACGCAUCGACGCUGCGGGAGGCGGAGCAGCAGCAGCAGCGCCGCAAGGGUGCACCGCUCAAGUCCAUCUGGGAGACGAGCAACUUGGAGGAGUUCCUCCUCAUCGCGGACGCGCGCGAGAAGGGCUACGAGGCGGCGCGCGAUCUCCGCGUCGUGGUCGACGGCACGCCGCACGUCGUGACAAACAACAAGGUGGUGCCGCUCAGCGACGACCGUGUCGACUGGCUGAAGCUCAGCGAGCUGUUGACGAUCCCGCGGCGACCCGCGUGGCGCUACGACAUGUCGGCAGAGGAGGUGCAGGCACUCGAGACGUCCGCCUUCUUCGAGUGGCGCCGCCGCCUCGCGGUACUGGAGGAGGAGCACAAGGUCGUCAUGACGCCGUACGAGAAGAACCUUGAGGUGUGGCGCCAGCUCUGGCGCGUCGCGGAGCGUGCGGACGUCGUGCUGAUGAUCCUCGACGCCCGCAACCCGCUCGUGUUCCGCUGCGCCGACUUCGAGGCGUACGUGCGCGGCACGCUCAACAAGGCGGGGGGGCCGAAGGAGGUUAUCCUGCUCCUAAAUAAGUCGGACCUCCUCACCGAAAGCCAGCGGCGAGCGUGGGCGGCGUACUUCACGGGGCGCGGUGAGUCGUUCAUCUUCUUCUCCGCCACCCCCGCGAAGAAGAAGGAGGCAGCUGCAGAGGAGGAGGACGACGACAACAACAACGACGACGACGACGACGACAACUGCAGCAGCAACAACAAUGACGAUAACGACCCUAUGGAUGAGAAGUGCAUGUCCAAACUCAUGCGGGACCGAAAGGAAAAACGGCGUCACCAGAAGAAGUCCCUCCGCGCCCCGGUGGAGGUGGCGAACCCUUACGAGCUCGUCGAGCAGAGGCGGGCCGAAAGGGCGCGGCAAAAUCAGCAGAAGCAGCAGCCACAGCGCAAAGCGCCAAAACCCCUGACGGCCGACGAGAGGGCGCGUGACGAGCGUGUGUCGCAGCAGCAGCAGCAGCAGCGUCACCAGCGGCUGCAGCAGCAAAGCCAACAAGAGCCGUGGGCUGUGCUCGACCCGGAGCAGCUGCUCGAUCGGCUGGCGGUGUGGCGCGUUGCCUGCGGCAUCACCGACAUGGAGACGCCGCUGAUGGUCGGCCUCGUCGGAUACCCGAACGUGGGGAAGUCGUCGACCAUCAAUGCCAUCCUCGGCUGCAAGAAGGUUGUUGUGAGCGCGACGCCGGGUAAAACGAAGCACUUCCAAACACUCCCGAUACCAAACGAACGUCGUGUCGCGCUGUGCGACUGCCCCGGACUAGUGUUCCCGUCCUUCUCCUCGACGCGGGAGGAGAUGGUGUGCGAGGGCAUUCUCCCUAUUGACACCGCCACCGAGGCGUCAUUGGCAGUCGAUGUGCUCUGCCGCCGCAUACCUCGCCAGGUACUGGAGCAGCACUUCAACGUGUCACUUCUGGUGGAGAACGACGCGGACGACAGCGCCUCGUUGGCGGAGCGCUUCCUCAACGCUGUCGCGCGCCGCCGCGGGUAUUUGGGUGCGCAUGACAGACCGAACAAGUCACGUGCUGCGCGGGAUGUGCUGAAGCUUUACGUGGACGGCGCUCUCGUUUAUGUGGAGCCGCCGCCGAAUUACACCCCCGCGCCUGAUGCUGCAAUUGCUGCCGUCACCAACACCGCGAGUGUUAGCCAUAACAAGGGUGCAAAGAAUCAGUCAUGCGAGAUGGGUCGCUACGCCGCCUUUACUUCUACUUCUGCUGCCGCUGCUGCUACUGCGGGCGAAACGGGCAACGAGGAGUGGGAGGAUGUGCUCAGUGAUGAGGAAGAAGAAGGGGACGGCUUCUUCGAUGACGAGGACGAGGACGCGUGGAAUGAUCUCGACAGCGCUGCAGAAGCCCGUGCUCUCAGCGAGGCGAGCGAUGAUGAUGCUGACGACUUAAGUGUCAUUGAGGCAGCGCCGCCGAUGUUCUACGUGAGGCCGAAGGGGAUGCGUGGCGUCCUCUCGCGUCGCGAGGCGUUCAACGCAGAGGGCAACGCGGUCCGCAUCGCGGCGGCAGUUGCCGCUGCAGCGGCGAGUAACGCGGCUCGUCAAAAGCGGCGCACGAACCAUCAGCUUGAGCCGGUCGUGGACACGUUCGUGAAUGAUGAGGGCGAUGUGGAGCUCAUCAUUGACGACGAUGACGGCAUUCUUGAGCUUGUCGGUGGUGUGUCGCGUGCCAAAGUGGAAAUGAAGCAGCAGAAGCAGAAGAGCAAGCGACAGACGCGCCGCGAGCUCAAGCGGUCGGGCGCGGGUCCUAUUAACCCCACAGCACGCAAGAUGGGCGUGCAAGGUUAUUAG